AUGCACCCAUUAUGGAUCUGUGAACAAGGAUUGGGCGAUACAUCAUUCCACUCAACCGGCUCAUCGCAGCAGUGCUGCUACGAUUAUGACGGAUAUCUAAUGUUCACUGAUGAUUGGGAACCGGAUGGUGAUUAUAACAGGUUUUUCCAACCGGGUACACCAGCUCGCGCGCACAAGUUUGGUGCGUCACCGUUCCGUCAGCCACCAUUCAUUCCAACAAUGUCAAAUUAUCAACUGGAUCUCAUGCCAUACAGAACGUGUUGC